UGAAGCAUGAUAUUAUGAUCAAGCUGCUACUAGUACAUCGUUGUGAACGAUUUCUCCGCACGGAAUCAUUACUUAGUAAAAGUUCUUUGUUUUUACUAGGAUUUCUUUAAUGGAAUCCCAUCGCUUGGYCGUAUCGCUUGAUAUCCCCUUGUGAUCUGAGAAAUCCACGAGGACAAGGAUGGCGGAGAGCAAAGAUAAAACAGCUGUGGAUUGGAGUCGGUUUGGUUUAGAUUCUGAAGAGCGGAAAACGGAACAAAAAUUCAAUACUAAUACUAAAGAAGAUGGAAGCACUGCUUCAGGAAACCCUAAUGUCAAAGAACUUUUUGACGAAGAUCAGGUGUGUUCACAUCAUGUGUUUUGAAUAUCUUUGGUGUGGUAAUAUUUCUCCGGACAGGAUGGAUGGUAGGCAACGCAGGCGUGGGCCUAUCUCUUCUCAUAGUUGUAAUUACUUUACUGGUAGCCCUAGUGCCAGUCCUCUCAGCGAUAGGGGUAUGUGAACGAUGUCACGUGGGUAAUGGGGGUGUGUAUUUCCUGUUGUCACAUGUUCUUGGUCAGCGGGCUGGUGGAGCUGUUGGCUUGAUGUAUGCGUUUGGACAGGCUGUAAGUAUUUCUCUGUUCUGUGCUGGUCUUGGUGAGUCAUUAGCUCAGUCAGCUCACUGGGAYAGUACAUGGGCAGUACGUGUUAUAGGUCUGGUUACAGCUGCUGCUAUGCUGUUAGUAGUUCUGGCUGGCGUCAAGUGGGUCGUCAARCUCCAGCUUCUUUUGUUUGCCGAGGAGCCAACAAAGAGCCCUACAUUGCCUCCAUCUUUGUAGCUGUYAUCGCCAUGUUGUUUAUCUUCGUUGGUAAAUUAAACGCCCUUGCGCCUAUAGUCACCAUGCCCUACCUCAUCACCUACGCAGCAGUSGACUACGCGUACUUCAAACUUGCCAUGAGUUACGACAUACAACAGCAUCGAAAACUCAUGGACAUGACGCGUCGACAGGAGAAGCACUCUACGACUAGACUGCGCGAUGACGAGAAAUUUGUAAAACUGAAUUAYGGAACUGGAACAGAGGAAUCCGGAAAGAUCGGACCGAUAAAGGAACAUAGUGAAAAAGAUGAUUCGAUGGAGCGAGAAAAUGCAGACAAAGACAAAAAAGACGAAGRAAYGCGUGAGGAGAAGAAMGAAUUGAAAGUAGAUAUYGAAGGAAGUAARGAUGGRCCGGCGGACAGUGGGGUACUUCAUCCUACAAACGAUGAUGACAGUGAUACCACGUCACUGAUACAGAAAGAGAAGAAAGACAAACCUAGUAAAGUUUCUUCUAAAGAAAAAGAAUAUAAAAAGUCCUACAGUGAAGAACAUCAGAUAGAGUGGGAAAUAGUMAAGCAGCCUUCAUCGUACUACUCAGAUCUAUGCAAUAGAUGGGUGUCUCUCUCAGGGGCUUUUAUUAGUGUUUUAAUCAUGUUUCUGAUUCACUGGGGAUACGCCUUAGCUAACAUCUCUCUGACGCUUAUUGUGUAUAUUUAUAUUGGUCAAGCCAAUCCAAGCUUAUCUAAAGGAAUUGCUGGUGAUUUUAACUUUCUACGGUGGACACAGUCUCUAUGGGAUAGAUUAACAAGAAAAAAGCCGGUUGAACAGCAGAUGAUCGUAACACAGCCUUCUGGGAUACCAUACGGGGUAUCCACAUACCAGCUGACCGAAGACAAUACRGACUUCGCUUACCGUGACCGCGUACACCAGUCUUCAGUCACUACUUCACUGGUCCCAUAACAUAACCUUGGGGCACACCCUAGGAUGAGUUUGUAAUUUAUUUUAAUUGUAAAGAAGAAGCGGAGGUACUGUAAGUGGCGGGAAAUUUUAUUAUUUAUUAACUGAAGUAUUCCUUUGCCAAAUAUAAUAUCAGGAUCGUGAUGGUCUGGUGUUUUGGGUAGAGUAAAGAGAUUAUAAAACAAAGAAAAAAAUUCCACCGAAAAUCACAAUUAUGAAUAUGAGUUAAAACUUAUUAUGAAAGAGAAAUUUCGGUUUCAAUCUCAUUCAUAGCCAAACAUCAGGACUAUAUCAAAAUAUUUCAAUAUUUAUUUAAAUAAUAUUUCUCAAAGAUAUGUAUCUAUAUCAAGUAAAUUUAUGUUUUCAACUAAGUUAUUGGUUCAAGAAUGGGGUUUUAUCGGAAUACRAUUUUUCAUCUUGAUAGAAAUUUCAAUAAAUCUGUGAAAAAAUUACUUAACUUGAAAGUUUAUCUUCGACGAAGGUAGAUUGUAAAUUUGGCUAAACAGAAAUCGCUUUGUAUUGAGCAACUCUUAGAUACUAAAGUCAUUGGUGACCAUUGGGAUCCUAAAUAAAAGGAACAUACAAGCCACCAGGUUUUGCUAUACGUCGCGCAACAUCGACACUCAAGAGGAGGGACUUCGAUUGAAGCUCUACUAGACUAGACAAGUUAGUGGAGCUGACUUUGUAAAUUUAGCUUUGUUCCUGGUCAGUAACCCUAAACCUGAAUGUUAUCAUCGUAGAGUUUUUCUCGAGUUUAUUGUAAUCAUUUCAAGAGGAGUCUUUAGAACUAAAAGGAAAUAAUGUUAUAGUGAACUUGGUGGGUCAUGUCGGAGUAACGGUAGCUAGUAUAGAAUGAAUGUAAUAAUAUAUAGGUGUAUAUAUAAUAGUAUGUAACAGUAUAGGGAUUAAUAUAUAGGUGUAUAUAUGAUAGUAUGUAACGGUAUAGGGAUGAAUAUGAGGAUGAAUGUACGUAGUCUUGAUUUUAGGUGUAGAAACAAAUACUUUGUUUUUCGAAGUUUUUAUAAUUUUGUUAUUUGAAAGACAUUUUUAGGCCAUUUUUUUUUUGUCAAGGAAUUUACGAGGAAAACGCAAAGUUCAAUGCUUUGUCAUAAGUGAACAUGUAAGACACGACCAAAUACCGGACACCACACGACCAAAAUACGAAUACUACUCGACGAUGUACGAAUAUAUACGACUUACGUACGGGUACCAUACACAAUAAAUAUAUAACCCAUCACGUAUUACCAUCGACUGAAAAACACGCGAGUACCAAGAGAGCACCACACGAGUACCAAAUGACCAACACACGAAUACCAAGCGAGCACCACACGAGUGGCAAGCGACCGACACACGAGUACCAAGCGACCAACACACGAGUACCAAGCAACAAACACACGAG